ACGCGUAUGAGCAUGCCUUCCACGCCCGAACAUAAACAAAGGCAGGACGUUGCGCUGCAAUAAACUCUCCUCUCCUGGUAUUUUAUAUGCUAACAGUACCGCCAAAUUGGAGAGCGACUUAUUUUUGGAGCCAUGGAAAAGGCAUUAUUGAUGCGAGUGAGUGUAUUUACCGACCAAGGAGGCAGGAAAUACAUGGAAGAUGUGACCGAGGUCAUAGUAGAGCCCGAGCCGGGAGAAGAUGAGCCGACCUCGGGAGAGCCAGAGGAGAGCAGUGGGGGAGACUGCACGGUCAAUUACCUGGCUGCGGACACGCAUCCAGACCGGACUGGUGAAACCGCCGUGUCCCCACAGGUUUCAGAUACAUCAUGUGAAUCUGUGCAAACGGAAGACCAAAGUAUUUUAGUGGACACAUCUUUAUCGGGAGGUCAGAGCCCACCGCGAGCUCAGGAGAGCUAUGCGAGUCCUUCCCGCCGUUCCGUGGCGUUCUUCGCAGUAUUUGACGGGCACGGAGGUCGCGAGGCUGCGCAGUUUGCACGAGACUAUUUGUGGGAGUUCAUGAAAAAGCAGCGGGGGUUCUGGUCUGACUGUGACCGGGAGGUCUGCUCUGCCAUACGCAAAGGAUUUGUAGCCUGCCACCACGCUAUGUGGAAAAAGCUACCCGAAUGGCCAAAGACACUCACAGGCCUUCCUAGCACAUCGGGCACCACAGCCAGUGUAGUUUUCAUACGAGGAAAUCGCAUGUAUGUGGCCCACGUUGGGGACUCGGCAGUGGUUCUAGGGAUCCAGGAUGACCCCUCAGUCCCAUUCAUCAGAGCUGUGGAAGUCACACAAGACCACAAACCUGAACUACCCAGAGAGAGGGAGCGUAUUGAAGGUCUGGGAGGGAGUGUUAUCAAGAAGUCUGGAGUGAACCGGGUGGUCUGGAAGAGGCCAAGGCUGAGUCACAACGGCCCAGUCCGUCGGAGCACUGUCAUUGACCAGAUACCAUUCUUGGCAGUAGCCCGAGCUCUAGGUGAUCUGUGGAGCUAUGACUUCUACAGCGGAGAGUUUGUGGUUUCUCCAGAGCCAGACACUAGCGUGGUGAUCCUUGAUCCCAGAAAACAUCGCUACAUCAUCCUGGGCAGCGACGGUCUGUGGAACAUGGUGCCACCUCAAGAGGCUAUCUCCAUGUGUCAGAACAACAAUGAGGCAAUGGCACCAUGUGGGGUAUCGAGUGCCCGGCAGCUUGUCAGCCAUGCUCUGCUGCGGUGGCGCCAGCGCAUGUUGCGUGCUGACAACACCAGCGCCAUUGUAAUCGCCCUGCAGGAGCCUGGGACCUCCCAGGACACGCUGCACCUUGAGGAGGUGCUGCUGGACCUAGCCAAGGUGUCCCAGUGUCCUCCUACCUCAGUAUCCCGCGCUGACACUCCUCUCCUUCAGCAGCGGCCUCAAGAGGAAGACUCUCUCUCUGCCAUGUGCGAGCUCCUCCCUGCCUUGGAGCGACGGGACGGCCUAUCAGGAAGCAACAGCCUGUACCACAUGACUCUGUCUGACGCAUUCACCUUGACUCCACUGGGUCCUAACAGUAGUGCUGAGUUGCCCAGUCAGUCCAGUCCCACUGACAGGACAACUGGCAGCAGGACACCCAACAGCAAAAGAACUAUUGGCGGCUCAUCAUCCGGCCUGUCGGCUAAGAAGGCCAGGCGCAGGACUGCCAACAGGCUGCCGCUAGUCCAACACAACGCAGAGAAAAAACAGAAGGAUUCCAAUAACGUCUCCCCUAUUCUCCAGAAGCAUAACAAGCCCACAGUGUGUGUGUGCUGAAACACACACACACACACACACACACACACACAUCAACCUGCCGCCUCCCACUAUCAACCUUGUCUCCAGUGAAAUUGUUGUGGAAAGACUUUUCUCCGUGCUAGCACCAGUACAAUAGUCUUUUGAAAACUUAAGGAGUGCUAAUUUUCAAAAGACCUUUUGUGUCUUUGUGUUUCAAAAUACCUGAAAUGCUGAUUAAAUGUGUCCUACGCCACCUCUUUCUGGUAACCGUUGUAAGAAAUAAGUAUGGCUAACGAUGCUUGUGUAAAUAUAAUGCGUUUUAUUGUUCAGAUUGAGUACGUCAAACUGUUCAUUUAAAACAAAAAUAUAUAUUUUUUAAACCUUCUUUUAUUGUUCGAUGAUAAAACAUGAAAAUUUAGAUGAGCUCCACCACAGCUUUCAUCUCCGAUUCACUCCAUAUAACAUUGUGUGUGCACACCCUGUUACAAACAUAUUUAUGUAUUUUAUUUAAUCACUGGAGAUUUGUCUUGAAUUUAAACUGAAGGUGCUGCUACAGUCACAAACCAGUAGGCUACUACAUUGUGUAUAUUGAUAUAUAAAUAUAUUGGUGUUAGCAGUAGCAUUUUUCUUCUUUAAGAGUAUGCAUGUGACCUAACACAUGUGCCCCUUUUUGAGGUUUCAAAUUGGAAGGUUUUAAUUGCACAUAGCUUCUAUAUUUCUGACAAUGCCUCUCAGCAGCCUUCUGCUGAAGCUUUAGCAGAAGUUGGUAUGUCUGCCUCUACAAUGAUGCAUUUUUCCCCUCUGAGUUUGCUACGUCCAUGGCUCUAAAAAAACAAAAACAAGACUUUGUUUCUGAGGAACCGACACAAAACCUGAUGUUUACAAUCAAUGUUUUGUCAAUAUUUUGUGCUGCCAGACUUCCAUUGUGGCUGCACUGGAUGUAUCAGUGUAGUGAUGUCACAUUGUCUGUUCAACCAUACAUCUGUGAGAAAAAUGCUCCAUCUCAAGCAUGUUGGGCUCUACAUACGGGAUUGUGUCACACCAACGGUCCAUCCUGCUACUUUGAUUUAUCUUGUUUGCAACAAGGCAAUAGCUGUUUUUCCUCAAAGGUUUCUUUGGCAUUUCCAUAUAGACGCUGUUGUCCCUCCAUGCUGCAGCUUUAGUUGUAUGGUGGUUACGGAUGUAUGCACAAGGCUCAUUUGUGAGUAAACACACAACGCAUGGACUUCCUAAGAGAAUAUUUUUGCACUAUUAUGGUGACCUUAUUAUCUUUGAUAAGUGUUUUUUUUUUUUUUUUUUUGAAAAUGAUGCAACUAGGAAUGAAUGAGAUGAUUUGAGUCUCAGCAAAUGUAGGAUAUUUGAGGUAAAAUAAUUUUAACUUUCAUAAGUAGAAGAGAAUCCUCAUUAAUCUGAGUAGAGUAGCCCCCUUUCACCUCUGAUGGUUUUGUUACAGAACAGACAGUGUAUGAUUUUUAGAUGAGAAAUAUUCACUGCAAAAUAAUAAUGACCAUUACACAAAUAUAACAGAUGUCUCAAUCUUUGUAAAACCUUGUUACAUGAUGUAUUUUCAUUGAGCUAAGUGCAAUUUCUAAGAGAAAUUAGUAGCAUUAUGGAUUGGUUAAAAUAUUGUACAAGGAGUGAUAAUGUUGAUGUUUGACACGUUCUCUCUGCAAAUACAGUCUGUAAUCUUUGAUCGGGAUUACUCUGAUUUUUAUGUGUGUGUUUUCUUUUGGUUUUUUUUAAGAUUUCUCAAUGGCAUCCCUGAUUCGGAUGGCUGUGCUAACAGCCUAAAGUGCAUGUGUACAGUGUAAAUGUGAACAACACUUUGGAAAUGAACCUAUUUAAAUAAAAAGCACUCUGAAGUACAGUGAU